AUGAAGAGCAUUCUGAUUGCGUUAAGUGCCCAGCUGGCCGCAGGGCUACCAGCAACCAACCAGGCUGAUGCCAGAAACGAGGCCUUGCCCGUCCUUGGGCUCGCCAACAUUACGCGGAUUGGAACGCCAGAUAUCAGGGGUCGCAGCUUGUACGGGCCUGCCCUUAACGUAAACUUCCCGGACCCGUCUAUAAUAUACGGAGACGGUUCAUGGAAAGGGUAUGCGACUUCAUCGAACGGCAAGCACAUACCGGUUGCGACGUCACCUGAUACGAUUUCGUGGACUCUCACAGGCAAUGAUGCAUUGCCCGAUCCCGGCUCAUGGGUCGAUGCGAACGACAGGGGAAUCUGGGCACCCGAUGUCCAAAAGAAUGAUGCGGGGACGUACGUCAUGUAUUACACCGCACGUAAAGCUGGCGGGACCCAUUGCAUCGGUGCCGCCACUUCCGCUUCGGCCAUAGGUCCGUUCACGCCCCAGGCCGCACCUCUGAUCUGCAAUGACGCCGGCGGUGGUGUCAUCGAUGCCUCUGGAUAUGACGAUGGUGUCGACCGUUGGAUUGUAUGGAAAGUCGACGGCAACUCUCUCGGCGGAGCCACCACCUGCACAGGCGGACCUAAAGGGCCAAACUAUACGCCAACGCCCAUCCAGAUUCAGCGAAUGGCGCGCGAUGCACUUACUCUGCUAGAUAGCCCGACCACGAUCCUGGAUAAUGAGGGUGCUUCUAACAAUGGUGUUGUUGAGGCGCCUGCUCUAUACAAGAUUGCGAACGGCAACUAUGUACUCUUCUACAGCGCCCACUGCUACUCAAGUGAUGAUUACGAUAUUGAGUAUGCCUUCUCGAGCACUAUCAACGGCCAGUACACCAACCGCGGUAUCCUUCUUCGCUCUGUGGAUAACAAAGGUAUCUGGGGACCCGGUGGACUAGAUCUCGAUCCCAAUGGCCGCACUGUGCUUUUCCACGGGCGCGUCAAUCCAAACCAGGGAAAUGGCGCGCGUGUCUUAUAUGGCGCAGACAUCACGAUUAACGGACAGUCUAUUGGAUACUAA